CACCUGGGCUUCCACCUAGAUUUUAGAACUGGGGGAAGGAGUCAGAUGGACCUGUGAUGGGAUUUAACAAACUCUUUGGGGAACUUGGUUCUCAGGAAAGAAUGGCAGUGACCCAAAAUGGAUUAGGGACCCGGUCGGGCAUUACAGAAAGAGGGAAACUAUACAAACGUAAAGAUUACUAACUUGUGUGAACCUGUCUGUCAGGCCGGGACAGGAUAUGAGGUGGGAAGAAUCAAAUUGCAACCGAGUGCUCGCUCUAUCAAAAAAAGAUGCUAUCUCAACACUAGUCUAAGGUGGUUUUCCACUGACCCUAUGGCUGAAGACAUCCUUCCUUGACUUCUAUCCGAAUACGGUCUAGUUCAUUCAGUGUUACAUCGUCAGGCUAACAAAUAUGGAGCUCUCCACCAGGACUUGGAGAAUAAUUUCAAUGGACACUAAAGUUCUGGACUAGAAUUGUUCAGAAAGGUAGAUGGACUUUAAGGCAAUUGCCCAAAACUCUGCUGAAGAGGUUUUAGCUUACAAUCAAGAUAUAUCUGACUGGAAAGUGGUUAAAUCUUCAAAAAAGGUAACUGUUUCCAGCAAGACCUCUAGAAAGUUCCUCGGAAAUCUAUACCGUAUUGAAGGAGUAAUUCGAGAGUCAACAGCUAAGGUCUCCAAUUUCCUCUACCAACCUGAAAACAGAAUUACUUGGGAUAAAUCAUUGAAAGGAUACAAUGUGAUACACAAGAUUGAUUCGGACACAUUUGUAUGCCAUGCCAUGACACAAAGUUUUGCCAUGGGCUCAAUUUCCCCUAGAGACUUUGUCGACGUAGUCUGCAUCAAGCACUAUGAAGGGAAUAUCGACAUUAUCAGUACUAACAGUGUGGACUUCCCAGGAUAUCCUCCAUCUCCGCAUUAUAUCCGUGGCUAUAAUCAUCCUUCUGGCUUUGUGUGUUCACCUCUCAAAGAAAACCCAGCAUAUUGCAAGCUAGUGAUUUUUGUCCAGACAGAAAUGAGAGGAAAACUGCUUCCAUCGAUAAUUGAAAAAUCUAUGCCUUCCAACUUAGUGAGCUUCUUCCUCAAUGCAAAAGAUGGGAUAAAGGCACAUAAAAUUCCAUCCAUACGCGGACAUCACAAUGGGCACCCAUCAGUUACACCCAUCAAGAAACUUGCACUGUCCAGGGGUACCAGGUUAUUGCUAAUGCCCCAGGAGAUGAAGGAUGUGGAGCAUCGGUGGGAUCCUGGGCUCACUAGACUGAUUGACAGGGCUCUCUGGAAUGCUGUCCUCAUUGAAGCAGCAGGCAGGGCUGAGUCUUCCCGCUAUGCUGGCCUGGGCAGUGAUGGGGCUGGACCUUCCUGA